GCAGUGGCUUGUUCCAAGGUGUUGCGUGCAAUGAGCACCGCAAAGUGGCCAACAUUUCCUUGCAGGGAAAGGGACUUUCAGGGUGGUUAUCUCCUUCUGUGGCUGAACUUAAAUGCUUGUCAGGUUUAUACCUUCAUUACAACAACCUUUCUGGUGAGAUACCCCCACAAAUUUCAAAUCUUACUGAACUUGUUGAUCUCUAUCUCGACGUGAAUAGUCUCUCCGGAACCAUACCUACUGAGAUCGGCAACAUGGCUAGUCUCCAAGUGGUGCAGUUAGGAGACAACCAAUUAGUGGGAAGUAUACCUAAACAGAUUGGCUCCUUGAAGCAGCUUAGUACUCUUGCAUUGCAAUAUAACAAAUUAAGUGGCGAAAUUCCACUAAGCUUGGGAAACUUGGAAAAGCUAAGCAGGCUGAAUUUGAGCUUUAACAACUUCACUGGUAUGAUUCCUGCAACAUUAGCUCAUCUUGAGCAACUCAAGGUUCUAGACAUUCAAAACAAUUCAAUAUCAGGGUUUGUUCCUUCAGGAUUGAAGAGACUGGGGGAUGGAUUCCAAGGUGCAAACAACCGAGGUCUAUGUGGAGUUGGGUUUUCUACUCUGAGAGCUUGCAACAAAGAUCAAGACAUGAAAGUUAACCAUAUUGAUGACUCAGACCAAGAUCUACCCAAAAAUGAUGAUACUGAAAACGCUCUUCCAGAGCCUGCAAAUGUGAAAUUGAAUUGUAACCAGACUCAUUGCUCAAAAUCAAGGAGGUUUCCUCAGGCUGUGAUCACAGCAGGUCUUGUGACAAUCACACUCACAUUCUUCAGCGUUGGAUUUCUUACUUUUGUCAAAUACCGACGGCAAAAGCAGAGGAUUAGGAAUACAUCAGACUCAUCUGAAGGGAAACUUAGUCCUUGCCAGCCUAAAGACUUCAUCAGGAAAAGUCCAUCUCCACUUGUUAACCUUGAGUACCACAAUGGGUGGGAUCCAUUGUCUAACCAAAAUCUAAACCAGGUUAGAUUUAAUGUGGAUGAGGUAGAGUCGGCAACGCUGUACUUUUCGGAAGCCAAUUUAUUGAGUAAGAGCAAAUUCUCAGCAGUUUAUAAGGGAGUACUCAGAGAUGGUUCUCUUGUGGCCAUUAGAAGCAUUAACUCGACAUGCUGCAAAACUGAGGAAGCUGAGUUUGUGAAGGGGCUGACCUUAGUAACCUCACUGAGACAUGAAAACCUUGUUAGGCUCAGAGGUUUCUGCUGUUCAAGAAGUAGAGGUGAAUGUUUCCUGAUCUAUGACUUUGCCACCAAGGGAAACCUGUCUCAAUAUCUUGAUAUGGAAGAUGGAAAUGGACAUGUGCUUGAAUGGUCCAAGAGGGUCUCCAUCAUCAAGGGCAUUGCAAAGGGUAUUGGAUAUUUGCACGGUGAUGAAGCAAGCAAACCUUCACUAGUACAUCAGAAUAUUUCAGUUGAAAAUGUUCUCCUUGACCAGCAGUUCAAUCCGUUGAUCAUGGAUGCUGGGCUCCCCAAGCUUCUUGCAGAUGACGUUGUUUUCUCAGCUCUGAAAGUAAGUGCCGCCAUGGGGUACCUGGCCCCUGAAUACGUUACUACAGGACGCUUCACUGAGAAGAGUGACAUCUAUGCAUUUGGUGUCAUUGUUCUUCAAGUUCUGUCUGGGAAGAAAACUGUAGGUGGUUCGAUACGGUUGGCAGUUGAGUCUCUAAGAUUUGAUGAUUUUGUUGACAGAAAUCUGAGGGGAAGAUACUCCAAACAUGAAGCAACAAUGCUUUCAAAGCUUGCAACUCUCUGCACCCAUGAGCUUCCUGACCAAAGGCCAACCAUGGUGGAUGUGAUUCAAGAGCUGAAUGUGUUUCCUGCUAAUUCAUGAUGAUCUACUACAUUUCUACCCCAAAGGGUAUCAGGAAAAAUUGAGGCGUUUCACAAUUUCUGGUUCCGUUCAUGGCUACUAUUUUCAUGAACAUAUGCAGUAUUUUUUUGUUAGUUAGCAACUGAAAUAACAAUGACCAAAUAUCUGUAAAUUUGAGUUGAUUCGUCUCCUGCUAUUUCAAACCAUUUGAGAUUGUUGAAUGAUAUUCUUCGAAUGUAAAACGAAUGGCUCCGAAGGUAAUAAUUAAUAUCAGCACAGCAUACAUCGUGAUUUAUUGUUGAA